AUGAACAAUCAGAAACUCUCAGAUUCUAGAAAAGCAGAAUUAAUUGAUCCAGCUGUCACAUAUAAUGGAAAACCUCUGACCUUUGAUGUGGUAGUUGAUGAGACAUGGUUUUCAGAUGCACUUUUUUGUGAGAAAUUGAAGAGUUGGUAUAUGGUUUCAAAAACUUUAGCUGAGGAAGCUGCUUGGAGAUUUGCAAAAGAGAACGAAAUUGACUUGGUUUCAAUAAAUCCAGGGUUUGUGAUUGGUCCUUUUCUACAACCAACUCUUAAUUUUACCACUGAGGAGAUUCUGAAACUUAUAAAUGGAGCUCAAACAUUUCCCAAUUCAUUCUAUAGAUUUGUCAAUAUUAGAGAUGUUGCAAUUGCACAUAUUCAAGCACUUGAAAUUCCUUCAGCCACAGGCAGAUAUUGUUUAGUUGAAACCGUUAUACACUGUUCUGAGAUUAUGAAGUUUUUGCAUAAAAUGUACCCCUCUUUGUGCAUUCCAGAAAAAUGUGAUGACAAGUCUUCCAUAGCAGGAUACCAGGUAUCCAAGGAGAAAGCAAAACGUUUGGGUAUCAACUUCAUUCCUUUGGAGGUGACCCUUAAGGACACUGUUGAAAGCUUGAAGCAGAAGGGCUUCCUCAGUUUCUGA